AUGGGUGGAUCUAUGGGUCAGGAUGGAUCCAUGGGGCAGGGGGAGUCCCUGGAGGCGCGCGUGGGGCGCGUGCGGGCGCAGCUGCGGCAGGGCCGGGCGCUGGCGGCGCUGGGCUGGGGGGAGCUGCUGCGGGCGCUGCUGGUGCUCGGCCUCUGCGCCCACCCCCGGCUGCAGCGGGACCCCGAGGCGCGGCUCCGCGCCCGCGGGGUGCGCCCGCUGCUCGCCGUGCCCAUGGAGGGCGAAGGGCCCCGCGGACAGCGGGAGCCGUGGCGGGACGGGAACUGCGAGGCCGCGCUGCGCUGCGUGGCGCUGGCGGCGGCCGCGGGCCCCGAGCCGGCGAUGCAGCUGAAGCUGACGGCGCUGCUGAGCCCGCGGCUCUGCGUGAGCGGGGGGGGAUUUGGGAUCCGUGGGGCGGGAUUGGGGCCACGCCCCCUCAGCCGAGCCCCGCCCCCGCAGGCGCCGGCGCUGCCCUGGCUGAGCCCCGAGGAGAACGAGGCCCUGGGGCGGGGCCUGGGGCGGCUGCAGCGCGUGGCACAGGCGGCCGUGGCGCAGGGCGUGCAGGUGCUGGUGGACGCGGAGCUGGCACACCUGAACCCCGCCCUCACCUGCCUCACCUGCGGCCUGAUGUGGCGCCACAACCGGGCGGGGCCCCGGCCCUGGGUCUGGCACACCUGGCAGGCCUACCUGAGGGAUACGGAGGUGCUCCUGCACGCUCACCUGGGCACACCUGGCUACGAGCGCUGCCUGCGGCUGCUGCUGGCCGAGCUGGCCCGGCCGGGCUCCCGCCUCUCGCUCAUGGUGGCCACGCACAACGAGGAGUCGGCCCUGGCCGCGCUGCGGGGGUCAGGAAAUGCCGCGGGGGGGUUCCCGGUUUACCAGUCGGUGCCGCUGGGCGCGCCGGAGGGGGGGGUCCCGUACCUGGCGCGGCGAGCGGCCGAGAACCGCGGCGGGGGGGGCGGGGCCCGGCGCCAGCGGCAGCUGCUGGCGGCGGAGCUGCGGCGCCGCCUCUGGCCCUGGGGCUGA